UUUUUAUACCUUCUAUGAAAGAGAAUGUAAUUGCCCUUUACUAUAACGUCCGAUUAGGCGCGGAUUCUCUCCCAUUCGAUCUCCUUCUAGGGUUUCAACAUGCGUGCAGCCUAUGACUUCUCUUUUAGUCGUGCUAGAUCCGGCACACUUUCCUUUUACGCCCGCCGCCGUCCAUGGCGAGAGUUACUAGCCCACCCGUCUUCCUAUACCCAACCCAUUUCCCUCACCGAUUUCGGAUCUCGGGUCAAACGAAACCUCUCCUACUUUCGGGUCAACUACGCAAUGGUUGUACUCUUCAUUCUCUUCUUAAGCCUUUUAUGGAACCCUGUUUCACUAAUUGUGUACUUGCUAGUGUUUGUCGCUUGGUAUUUUUUGUACUUUCAUCGGGAUGAACCGUUGAUGGUUUUUAAUCGGAUGAUUGAUGAUAGGAUUGUGCUUGGUGUUCUUGGUGUUGUUACGGUGGUGAGUUUGGUGAUGACGAGAGUUUGGUUGAAUGUGUUAGUGUCGACUUCGUUAGGGAUUGUGUUGGUUUUUUUGCAUGCCAUGUUUAGGAUUACUGAGGAUUUGUUUCUUGAAGAAGAUGAUGUGGCUGAUGGUGGAUUGCAUUCAUUUGUUGGUACCUCCGUGUGAUAUGAAUCAAAUCGCCUUAUUAUUAUAUGAUCGUGAAUGGCUGAUGUUUACAUUCUAUCGGGGAUUCGAAUGGAGAAUUGAGACACAUGAUUAUUUGGAAUGAUUAGUUUUUUCUCUCUUCAUUGUAAAUGAAGAAUACUACAUUUUGGGAGAAGGGCAAAUGGUUUUUGAGAUUUUGGUCUUUCAGUUUAGUAGUGCAAAAUGCAGAGAUACUUUUGGGUUGGUGAACCUUAUGUUAUGAUGGAAUUAGGACUUAAUUUUGGUGUAUUAUUUGAAUUCAUGCAUUAAGAGGUUACUUUUUGAGUUUUUCAUGUAUAUGUUUGAUUAAUCAAUCAAUUAUACGUUAAUCA